AUGCUACGUUUUGCUAUCCUCCUCUGCCUCCUCGGGCUCGGUUCUUCCGAAGAACCCCUUCGUCUCGUUCGAAGGGUUUUCGACGAAUGCUUCCACUCCGAAGACGCCGCCAGCUGCUUCCAGGGCAAGGCGGUCGCCCUCGUCGACAGGGCCGCCCGGGCGGAUUUCAUCCCGUUCGGGGAUUCGUUCUCUUUCGUGAGGACUGCGGGAUCGGGACGCGAAGGAAAAGCCCUCUCGGACAACGAGGUGGAAGAGGCCGGGAAACAGGGAAAACUCCAGGACCUCCUCUGGGACAGGAUCGCAAGGUUUUUCAACACGCACACCGUCAUGGUCAACCUGCCGAAACUAUCCGCUGACCAGCUCAAAACCGGAAUGGAAGAAGGAAGAGGCAAGAUGAAGAAGAUGAUGGGCAUGAUGAUGAUGGGCGGUGCGAUGAAGGCGAUGGCCAUCAUACCCCUGGCACUCGGCACUCUGUUCCUACUUGCCGGUAAGGCGCUCAUCAUCGCCAAGGUGGCUCUCGUCCUUUCGCUCAUCAUCACCCUGAAAAAGCUGCUCAACUCCAAACAGGACGACCACGGCUGGCAAAGCUCCGGAGGACAUGGAGGCGGCGGCGGAUGGGACAGGCGUUCAUUGCGCCUUGCUCAAGAUCUUGCUUACAACGCCUACAAACAAUAAGCAAAAAAAAAAUCCUUCCUAUUCUUGUAAAUAAUGUA